AUGGCUCAAGUUGCUGUACUCGAAGAGUCAAUAUACCUAGGUAGAUUCGAUCUCCAGCCGCCUCCUGAAGCAUCUUGUACAGCUGGUCCUGCGAACACCGCCAUGAUGGCGCGGACCUGCGCGCUGUGGGAAGCGAUUGAACAGGCCAAGGCUUCAUCAGAAUACCCCCGCAAGGCAGAUUUCUGGCCAGAAGGCUCCUUGAGCCAAGUCAUCGAACGGAAACAUGUCAGCACAGAGCUGUACCCGCCCGCGGCCCCGUCUUCUGUCGACAAUGGACUGAUUCAGUUCGUCGAGAAAAACGGGACAAAACUUCUGGCCAUUUGUCUGAUGUGUAGGAUCCGAGGGUCAGAACUGAAAAGGGCCAUGCGUGAGUUUAAAGAUCGCGGAUUAUACGACAAAAGCCUCCCAGUCAGCGAAGGCGAUUUGGCUCCAUACGCUCGACGUCUUGGAUGGUACAAAAUAGAUCUUGACAACUUCCUUCAACAUCAGUGGAAGUUUGUGGUACCCACGUUCUCCAGAAGUCGCUGCCUUAUGCCAAGAUUGUCGGAGGGAGAAAUACUCCCAUUCCUUCAAAUCAGCCCGGCGGGUAAGGGAAGCUUUGGCACUGUAUACAAAGUCAAAGUUCAUCCAGCCCAUUUUGACCGUGGCGAUCCCAUUCACCAAGCAAACUGCUAUGUCGCUAUCAAAGAGGUCAUCCUCGAGGGCAAGGAACAUGAAAAUUUGCAAGACGAUACACAAAAUUCCCUCUCAGGCCGGGAAUGUGGAGCUCUGCUGCACAUAAGGUCUAAGGAAAGCAGCCCAGCAUCAGUGAAACACAUCAUUUACGCCAAAGCUAUUUUCGAUCAAGGACGGAAGCGCUACUACAUGUUUCCAUGGGCAGAUGGUGGCAAUCUUUGGGAUUUAUGCGAGAAACACGGUACUAUUCAACAUGGAGGAGAAGGAAGAUUCAUUGCAGACAUCUUGACGCAGUUGUUAGGGCUGGCCGAAGCCCUCUCAAUCCUCCAUCAAGACAACUGCAGACACGGCGACUUGAAGCCGGAGAACAUUCUAGUUUUUGGGCGUACAGGAAAGCUCACUGGGAGUAUUUGGAAAAUCGCAGACUUGGGAUUGGCAAAAUUCCACAGUGAUCCAACUGCAAAGAGGGCCGGACCGACCUCCACUAAACAUGGUACAUUCUCAUACGAGCCACCCGAAUUUCUCCAAGAUCGUCAACCAACGUCACGACUGUAUGAUAUUUGGUCUAUGGGCUGUAUUAUCCUGCAGCUCAUUACGUGGCUGCUCUACGACAUCCGCGGGGUCGAUAAACUCACUUUGAAGACCAGAAAUCCCUAUCAAAUGGAAAGUACGUUCUGGAACCAGCGAACCAAGUUGAUGAAAUGGGGAGGGAAGGUUGUGCAUGAGGAAGUCACAAAACACAUGAAGAAAAUCAUGAGAGAAUUCACUGGAUCUGAUGCGAUCAGAGACCUGUUGAAGCUCGUCAGAGACAAACUCCUGGUUGUGCGACUUCCCAGCAAUUCUGACAACGAGUGGCAACAAGGCUAUCGUGCCAACGCUAAAACUCUCCAUAAUGAGCUGCGAAAGAUUGUAAGUAAAGGAAAGGACGACCCUGAAUACUGGUUCAAGGGUGAGACUGGGAGUCUAUUCCGCAGCCCAUCAAACGCCAAGUCUGUGGCUGGAGUUCCAGGUGAUCAAAGGCGCAACAAUCUGAAUGAGGUGUGGAAGUUCAUAGUGGACAAUAGCUUUGCCAGAGACGUUAUUAUCAGCAAUCAGGUCACCACGGUGGCGAGAUCCAUCACAAUAUGGCCAGAGCCGUCCGAGAGACUGUGUGGAGGCUCUUGCCGACAUUUGGAUUCUGAGAAUGUGUCGACGGUCUGCUUUGACAGACAACAGUCCAAUCUGCGUCUUAAUAAAAAGUACCCUCCCGUUAUGACGUUGCUCCAAGGGCCAGGCUUGAGAUUUACGGGUGAAAGCUUGCCAGGAGAUCUUCAGAUUGGUCUUCCACGACUCCCUGAGACGGAAGACCCAUUCAAGUUCGAUAUCCUUCGACGAUGGCUACACGAUUGCGAUAAGAAUCAUCGAGAUUGCAUGCCUCGAGACUCAAGCCAAGGUGACCUUCCGAGAAGGCUGAUCAACGUUGGGAAGGGUCAUUCCAGUGUGGUCAAGCUGUAUGAAACCCAAGACACCGACAAUAUGAAAUACUUUGCUCUCUCCCAUCCUUGGGGUAAUCCACCGCACUUUUGCACCUACCCUGACAACAUUGACGAGCACAGAAAGGGAGUGCCAGUCGAAAGUCUACCGAGAACAUUUCGAGAUGCAAUAACUGUCACAAGACAACUAGGGUUUCAAUAUAUCUGGAUUGACUCCCUCUGCAUCAUUCAAGGAAAGCAAGGCGAUUUCGACACCGAAGGGAAACGAAUGGAAGGCAUCUUCUCCCAUGCAUAUUGCGUUUUGGCAGCCAGCGGUGCCACAAACCAAACGGAUGGAUUUCUUAAACCCAUACAACAACGGAACUCGGUCGGCAUUCAGCAGCCUGGGAAAGAUCCAUUAUAUAUCUGCGAAUUCAUGGACGAUUUCAAGGAGCAUGUUCUCAAUAGCCGACUGAACCAAAGAGGCUGGGUUCUGCAGGAGAGGGUCUUAGCCCGCCGGACUAUCUAUUUUUCCAACAAGCAGAGCUACUGGGAGUGUGGAAGAGGUGUCCGAUGUGAGAGUAUGACCAAGAUGGAGAACGGCCUUGUCUCAUUUUCGGGCGACCCACAGUUCCCCAGGAUCGCAGUGGAGGCGUCCCGUGGAGGCAGAAUCAUUCUCUACCAGGACCUCUACACAAAGUACACACGAUUAAUCCUCACCCGAGACACCGAUCGACCUAUUGCUAUUGCGGGCCUUGAAAAGCGCCUAAUAAGCAGUUUUCAAGUUAGUGGUGGUUUUGGCAUCUUUGACGACCCCGGGUCCGGCUUACUGCUGCGAAGCCUGUUGUGGUGUCGAGCAACUGAUGUCGGCCUCUUGGAGAUGAUUGACUUCCAGAGUGUCCUAAGCACCACAGAGUCUGUAUCAGAACCUCCUACAUGGUCAUGGAUGGCAUACAAUGGGGCGAUACGGUACUUGGAUAUACCCUUCGGCCGUGUGGAAUGGGAACACAACGACGUCCGUUCGCCGUGGUCAGGAAGCCCAGUUGGGACCUGGACCUACAGUCGAGACCGAUCCAGUCACAGACCUACAUUGACAGCUACCGUCCGCAUGUUUGACUCUCAGGCAGCAUAUGAACUCGGAGAUGCGCUGUUUCUUGAUGAUCCCAGAAUCUGGGCAGCUGUAGCUCCGACCAUAGCGUGCGUCAUAUUUGGGAGGCUUAAGAGCGAGGACCAAGACUCGCAUGAGGAUACGCUUCACUACGUGUUGUUGGUCGCACCUACGGAAUCCAGGGUGUUACAGUACAAUUCAGUCUAUAGGAGAGUAGGAGUUGGGAUCAUCCGGGGUUCCUUCCUCUUAGAAAGUGGGCUGGGUAGCCGUGAGCGAAUCUUUUGA